AUGUAUGAGCCAUCGUACACAGACUAUCCGGAUGCUGAUGCCGGUUAUGUGGAUGAGGAUGAGGAAGAGAUCCCGAUGGCCGAGCGUGAGCUCGCCGAGGAUGCUGAAUGGAAGCUGAUUCAGAAAAACACAUUCACCAGAUGGGCUAAUGAACACUUGAAACCGAAGAACAUGAUCGUUGACGAUUUGCAAUAUGACUUCGCUGAUGGUCUUAAAUUGAUCGGACUUGUUGAGGCUUUAUCCGGACAACAGUUCAAACACGUGAAUAGAAAACCCAGUUUUCGAACACAGAAGCUCGAGAAUGUGACCAUGGUAUUACGAUUCCUGGAGGAGAAUGAAGGACUGCGUUUGGUGAACAUUGACAGCACCGAUAUUGUGGACUGCCGCAGCAAAUUGAUCCUGGGUCUAAUCUGGACCUUAAUUUUGCAUUAUUCCAUCACUAUUCCUUUGUGGGAAGGUGAAGUGGACCACGGGGUAAAAAAGAAAGUUUACCGUUUAUCCGCCACACCUCCAACGCGACGUCGAUUGAAUCAACGAGCUGUUUUUGAAGAUCCCAAAAUGCAGGACUCUGAGAACGCGGUCAAAGAACCGACAUCCAAGGCAUCCACAUUGAGCAAUAAAAGCGAGACUCCGGAUGUCACUGAUGUGCAAGGUCAAGGUCCAACACCGAAGCAACGGCUUCUUUCGUGGCUGAACAACAAAUUGGUCGAUCGACCUGUGAAGAACUUCACUAGUGAUUGGAACGAUGGAACGGCUAUUGGUGCUUUGGUCGAUGCUUGCGCUCCUGGUCUCUGCCCAGAUUGGCGACAAUGGGAACCAAAACAGAAUUUGCGCAAUGCACGAGAGGCGAUGAACGCUGCCGAACAGUGGCUCGAUGUGCCCCAACUGAUUCGUCCGGAGGAAAUGAUCAAUCCCCGAGUAGACGAGAAAGCUAUGAUGACGUACCUAAGCCAAUUCCCCAGUGCUAAACUCAAGGAGGGUGCCCCAUUACGACCGAAAUCCACCCCGGAAUUAGUUCGGGCAUAUGGUCCUGCUGCAGCGUUUUUGUCACAAGCUGAUGCUGAACCGCAACAGCAAUCGAAUCCGCCCGCACAGAAGUCCACGCAACCCCGAGGGUUGGAUGUGCGACACGGCCUUGGUGUACUGUAUGCACUGAAUCGUCAACGGUUAUCCUGUUACUUGUUCUUUUUCGGCCCUAAAAUGCAAAAAGCCAAAACUCCUAGUAAACCCGCACCGACUGCAGCAGGAUCCGCAGCACAGAGUAAAAAUGUUUCGCCGGCUACAGGCAAAGGGAACGCACCUGGAACAAAUAAAACACCAGCAAAAGGCCUGGAACGACACGGUAAUACGGUCGGCAAUCCGGCUCGGUUCACGAUUGACACAUUCAGCGCUGGUCGAGGAGGUGUCGAGGUGAUUGUGCUGAACCCCAAAGGACAAAGGGAACCGUGUGAUAUAUUAAGCAACAAUGACCGCCAACAGACCUAUUCAUGCGCUUACGUGCCAACGCAAGAGGGCGAAUAUCCUGCCGGUCCCGGUAACGUGGAUUGUGUCAUUUUGGAUCCACAUGGAGGUCGGGAUUCGAUCAANNNUUCGAUCAAACCAGUGAUUACAAAACAGGGAGAGGAUAACUACUUGGUCGAGUACACACCGAAGGACGAAGGAUUGCACUCCGUCAAUGUGUUCUUCGCUGGGCAACAAAUUCCGAAAUCCCCAUUCGGUGUUAUGGUGGGGCCAACAUGCGAUCCAAAACAAGCAUACGCGACAGGAAGAGGAAUUCAACCACAAGGUGUUCGCGUCAAAGAUGUAGCCGAUUUCAAGGUUCACACCGAAGACGCUGGCGAAGGUCCUUUGGAAGUGGCUGUUAUAGCCCCGGAUGGUCGUGAGAUCCCAUGCACUGUCCGCAAAACGGGCGCAUAUUUGUUUGAUUGCAACUAUACUCCUCAACGAGCGGGACUUCAUCAAGUUCACGUGCGGUACGGUGGAGACCACAUCAUGCUCAGUCCGUUCAACGUCGAUGUUGGACCGUACAAGGAUUCACGUAUUCGUGCAUUCGGUCCAGGUUUGUCCGGAGGUGUCGUGAAUAAACCGGCUGUCUUCGUCGUCGAAACAAACGGUGAAACUGGAGCCUUAGGCCCAAGCGAGGCUCGCAUCGAUUGUACUGACAAUGGGGAUGGUUCCGCCACGGUGGCUUACUGGCCUACAGCUCCCGGCGAAUAUGCUGUGCACAUCUUGUGUAAUGAUGAAAAUAUCCCCAAAUCCCCUUACAUGGUUCCGAUCGAGCCAGAUGUGGGCAGAUGUGAUCCCGAACGCGUCAAGGUUCACGGUCCGGGAGUUCAGCCGACUGGAAAUGUAGCUGGUCAGCCGACUGAAUUCACAGUUGACAUUCGUGAUGCUGGUGAACCAGUGGCGUUGAAAGUUCGUGACAAUGGGGAUGGAACAUUCACAUGCAACUAUACGCCGAAGGUGCCUCGCAAACAUACAGUAUUGGUUUCAUAUGGUGCUGUCAAUGUGCCACGCAGUCCGUUCCGUGUUGAUGUGGCUGAACCAAGUCAACCAGGCAAGGUGCGUGUGUUCGGUCCAGGUGUCGAAAGUGUAGUUCGCGGACAGCCCACACAUUUCACGGUUGAUUGCAAGUUGGCUGGUCAAGGUAACGUUGGAAUCAGUAUAACUGAUGAGAUGGGUCGUGAUGUGCCCAUGGAUACACAAGAUAUGCGAGAUGGCACAUUCCGGGUUGCAUAUACCGCUCACACUCCAGGACCGACAUACACAGUUCACGUGUUCUUCAAUAACCAAGAAGUUCCACGCAGUCCGUUCCGUGUUCCUGUCAAGCCUAAUGUGGAUAUGUCAAGAAUUCACGUAGAAAAUCUGAGUCCAAUGGCUGUGGACGUAGGUGGAGUUCCAGUCAAGGGCAGUCCGUUCCGAACUCAGGCGACACCAGCACCUCCGGUUCAGGAAGCCGUAUACCCAAUUGUGGAUACCGCACGUCAGCAUGCGGCCAUUACUCCCAUGAGUGCUCUUGAAGCUGCUGGCUUGGUUCGGGCAUAUGGGGAUGGGCUGCAUCAAGCCACAGCCGGUCGUCCAGCUCACUUCACAAUUGACAGUCGAGACGCUCCGCCUGCACCGCUCAGUGUUACAAUCGAAGGGCCAGCGGAAGCGAAAAUCAACUACAUGGAUAAUGGUGAUGGUACAUGCGGUGUGGAAUAUUUACCAGUUGAACCGGGUCCUUAUGUGGUCAACGUACUGUACAAAGACACACACAUCAAAGGAAGUCCAUUCCCUGUUCGAGUUGUACCACCUGGUCGUGAACACGUAGACGUAUCGCGUGUCCAUGCUUACGGACCAGGAUUACAACCAACUGGUGUAUUGAAAGAAUCGUUUGCCAAGUUCACCGUGGAUGCCAAACCGGUCGACCCACAAGGCCGUGGUUUGGUCAAAGCGAUUGUUGUUAGUCCGACUAAACAAAGAACUGCUUGUAUAGUGAAAAACAACGGAGAUGGAACAUGGAGUUGCAGUUAUUCCCCUAUUGACGAAGGUGAGCUAAAACACAUGUCUGUAUUGAGUGGUCUUCAUCACGUAGAAGUAACUUAUGAUGGAGCCCCCGUUAACGGUAGUCCCUUCCCAGUAAAUGUUGCCCCCGGCUGCGAUCCUUCGCGUGUUCGGGCCUAUGGGCCUGGCCUAGAGGGCGGUAUGACACAUGAAUUGCAACGCUUCACAGUCGACUUGGACGGAGCUGGACAAGGUGCUCUUGGCUUGGCUCUCGAGGGUCCCGCGGAUGCGCAAAUCCAGUGUCACGACAACAAAGAUGGAACAUGCACCGUAGACUAUUUGCCCACCAAGGCAGGAAUGUACGAUGUGUUUGUGAAGUUCAACGACAUGAACAUACCCGGCAGUCCGUUUGCCGUGCCGAUUCGUGACAAAGUAGAUCCAAGCCGUGUUCGCUGUUACGGUCCCGGAUUGGAGCCGCGAGGUGCUCGAGCGCAACAGCCGGCAACAUUCACUGUGGACGCCUCUCAAGCUGGAGAUGCACCCAUUCAUGUAGCUACAGUAGAUCGUCUCGGUCGUUCAACUCCUGCUCAAGUUGUUCCGCGACCUGGUCAGCCGAAUAUCUACGAUGUGACCUACGUACCCGCCACGGAAGGACCAUGCCAGAUUGAAGUUCGUCAGGGAACAAGUCAUGUGGCGCGAUCACCGUUUACACAACACGUUCUACCGGCAUAUGAGCCGCAACGGGUUCGUGUUACCGGCGAAGGAGUUCAUCCUUCUCGACCACUGGGACUGCCUGCAACUCAGCCUACUUCGUUCCAUGUGGACACAAGGGAAGCAGGCAUGGGAGAUUUGGAAUUGUCUGUUUCGGAUCCUGAAGCUCAACCACUGCAGCUUGAAGUUGUGGACCACGGUGAUGGAACCUAUUCAUGUCACUAUCGCCCGAUGGUGGUUGGACGUCAUACGGUACGUGUCAAAUUCGGUGGGCAAGAAAUUCCCGAAAGCCCCUAUCUGGUACCGGUUGCCCCAUCCGGAAGAGCUGAUUUGUGUCGCAUAGAGAGUGGUAAUGAUAGCCGCAUACCAGUUGGUCAGGAAUGUGUGAUCACAGUGAACACUUCACAGGCCGGAAUCGGUCAAGUGACCUGUCGCAUUAUGACCCCAUCGGGAGCACAAGCGGAUGUUGAGAUUCACGAAGCUGGUAAUGGUCGAGUAAAUAUCUACUACACUCCUCCUAUUCGCGGUGAUUACCUCGUUGAAGUGCGGUUCGGUGGAGAUUUGGUCCCGAACGGUCGCUUUAAUCAGAGAGCGGUCACUGCGGAUGAACUGAUGCCCGAGGUCGUGGUUCAGGAAGAACGCAUCCAACACGUGACCACACAGUCCAUGCAUUCGUCCACUUUAGUGACGGGCUAUCAUCCCGUGGACUUCAAGUUACCAGUUGGACCAACUUUCAGCCACGUGGAUGGUAAGGAGGAUUGUUUGGUGCGCACACCUUCCGGACGUACAAUGCGUCCCACACUUUUGGACAAUGGUGAUGGAACUGUGACCGCGCAGUUCCAACCAACCGAACCCGGACUGCACGAGUUAGAAAUCACUUACAACGGUCAACCGAUCCCCGGUAGCCCAUUCCGUUUCUACGUGGAAGCUGUCGGUUCAGGAAACGUGACCGCCUACGGACCAGGAUUGUCAUACGGUCGAUCGGGUGAACCAGCUGACUUCACUCUCGUCACAAAAGAAGCGGGAGCAGACCUAAUACAACGUUCGGCCGUUUGGCCUGAAGGUUUCCCAUAUAUCACGGAGUUUCGUCUAGAUGUGCAAAUCCCCCCGUCCAAAUCAAUCGAGUCGGGUUUUAUCAACCCAGAAACCAGUGAGCCAAGACGUUUCAACCAAGUCUGUGUGGGUACAACCAGCGAAAUGCCACUGCGUAUAACAGAAGCAGACAUCUAUAACUUGGUGGCGACUGUGCGUAGUCCGUCUGGGCAGGAGCAGCCGUCCACAUUGAAACGUCUUCCGAACGGACAUUUAGGUAUCUCGUUCACUCCACGUGAGAUUGGUGAGCACUAUGUGAAUGUGUUCCGCAACGGUCGUCAUAUUGCCAACAGUCCAUUCAAGAUUUAUGUCGGUGAGAGCGAGAUUGGCAACGCCUCCCGAGUACGUAUCUAUGGUAACGGACUACGUGAGGGUACAGCCAAUCAGAAUUGCCAAUUCACAGUAGACACACGCAAUGCCGGCUACGGUAGCCUGAGUCUCUCAAUCGAGGGGCCAAGCAAAGCGGAUAUCGAGUGCCAUGACAAUCACGACGGAACUUGUCUUGUCACCUAUCGUCCGACCGAACCGGGAACGUAUAUUAUCAAUGUACGCUAUGCUGAUCAGACCGUACCAGGCAGUCCGUUUGUGGUACAGAUUGGCGGUGAGCCGUCAUUACGCAUGAUGGAACGUAUCACACGUCAACGGGAACUGGCCGAUGUGACUCAUGUGGGGAGUCAGUGUGAACUGAAUCUGAAGAUUCCAGGAAUCAAUAUUCGUGAUCUGGUUGCCACGGUAACCAGUCCAACUGGUGUCACACAACGUUGUGAUGUUGUCGCACUGGAUGAUGUGAAUUAUACCAUCCGAUUUGUGCCCCAGGAGAUGGGUGUGCACACGGUGUCGGUGAGAAACAGGGGUGCGCAUAUUCCCGUGUGGGUCGUCCAGUUUGCUUUUACAAGCCUUUAUCGAUUGGCCGGAGGCGAUUGGGCACACAUGUCGGGUAGUGUUGGUAUGUCUUUCAACGCAGCAGGAAGCCCAUUCCAAUUCACAGUUGGUGCCAUCACAGAUGGUGGAGCGCACAAAGUGCACGCUGCCGGGCCGGGAUUGCAACAAGGUUUGACAUACUCUCCAAAUGACUUCAGCAUUUACACCCGAGAAGCUGGUGCCGGUGGUCUAUCCAUUGCCAUUGAAGGACCGAGCAAAGCCGAAAUAGACUUUGAAGAUCGCAAAGACGGUUCUUGCGGUGUCUCGUAUCGUGUCACUGAACCCGGUGAAUAUCAGUGCUCGAUCCGAUUCAAUGAUGAGCAUAUACCGGGCUCACCCUAUCGCGUGGUGAUUAACGAGUCCAUGGAACGAACAUUCAUCAGCCCAGAGAUGCGUCAACUCAGUGUGGCAACUGUGCAAGAUCGUGGACUGAUGAUCGGUCGUCCAACCGCAUUCACUGUGAACUACACCGGUAUGACUGGAAAUCUGCGUGCUUAUGUAGUUUCACCUUCGGGUGCACACACAGAUGCAUUUGUGCACCAGGUGGAAGUGGAUCAGCAUGCCGUACGCUUCACGCCAUCGGAGAAUGGUCCACAUCUGGUUCACGUGCUCAUGGAUGAACGUCCGAUCCCCGGAAGUCCAUUCCGAGUGAUGGUUGGUCAAGACGACCAGGGUUUGGUGACUGCCAGUGGUGAAGGUUUGACACAUGGACGAGUUGGUGAAAGAAACCGAUUCUUUGUGGAUACCAUGCAAGCCGGGAGUGGUGCACUUUCGGUAACUGUGGAUGGUCCAAGCAAAGUCCAACUGAACUGUUCUGAACGACCAAACGGAUAUGAGUUCUCUUACCUACCCUUCCUGCCUGGCGAAUAUCUCAUCAACAUCAAAUACGGUGACAUGCAGCACAUCAUUGGUUCACCAUUCAAGGCAUAUGUGACCGGAGAUGCCAUGCCAGAAGCCUAUACAGUGGAUUCCACUCACGUGGUUGUCGAGACACGUGCCUCGGGAGUUCAACACACAAUGACGGAAUCACGUCCGAGCCGGGUAGUCUGUACCGGGACGGGGUUGCAGCAAGCCUAUCUUAACCAAACGAACACAUUCACUGUGAACGCCACACAAGCCGGCCAUGAUGUUCUCUACGUGGGUGUGUCUGGGCCCGUAGUGGCUUGUGAAGAAGUCAAUAUCAAACACCUGGGACAAGGACAAUAUGCAGUUAACUAUGUGGUCCGGGAUCGCGGUCGACACCUAAUCAUGGUUAAAUGGGGCGAUCAACACGUGCCCGGAAGCCCGUUCGUUGUGAAUGUGUUGUAA